AUGGCCGCAUCGCAUCACGACUUUGCUGACUCCGAGUCGGCUGCGUUUCUUGCCGAGGAGGGCGGUGUCAAGCGCGAGGAGAGGCCACCGCAGACCAGACAGGACACCUGGACGGGCGGUUGGCACUACGUUCCGUAUGCGUCGCUGGCCGUCAACGUCCUUCUGUCGCUCUUUAUUCUCUUCGCGUCGUCAAAGGCCACGACCGCCGGGCCUGUGACGGCCAUUCUGCCCUCGCAGGCCAUGUUUGGAGACAUCCCCACCAAAAAGGUCGUCUUCCAGCCGGACGCCAGCUUCGACGUCGAUCCGUUUGGCCCCGACGAGAUUGACAGCCCCUGGUACGCUCUGGCGCCGCCCGGCAAAGGCCACAUUGCGAUUGCCGAUCCCGCCGCCUGGGCUCUCGCCGGUGGCUUCCCGCUGUCGGGCGAUGAUCUCGCCACCACCACCACCACCACCACCACCACGACGUCCCCGCCGCCCGCCGAAGAGUACACCGUCGCCCUCUACCACCAGCUGCACUGCCUCGCCGCCCUCAAGUCCAAAAUGGUCCGCCUGCAGGCCUGGUACGCCAACGCCUCCGACAACGAGUACCUCCGCUUCGCCCUCGGCGAGGACCAGGUCGCCGACCGCCACAUGGACCACUGCUUCGACUACCUGCGGCAGACGCUCCUCUGCCACGGCGACACCACGCUCGAGGGCGCGCGGCGCGUGCGCACCGCCACCGGCCACGAGACGACCGUGCGCGGCGUCGACGGCUGGGGCGUCGUGCACGCCUGCCGGGACAGGGAACGCAUCUAUGCGUUUGCCGAUGCACACCGGAGCCGCAACGACACGGGGAUUGAGUAG